AUGGCAACGUCUCGGCUUGUCGGUUCCCUGCACAACUUUCAAGAUAGAUUUCACGUGUUUGAAAAUCAUCGUACUAGCGUUCGCCACAUCUACAAUGAAACUCAAGACGCGUGGCUCAAAUGGCGUAAAAUCGGAGCCAGUUUGCCUCGCAGGAAUUCUCAGAACGAACCUCCUACGGCCAACGACAGCAUUCCAGACAAAGACAAUCAACGCUCAUCUAAUGACUCAUCAGAAGAUUCGGUUUUGUUUGAAACUCAGAUGGCCAACGUCAUCAAACUAUUAAGCGAGAAACCGACACUCGUAUUUGUUGGUCAACUGAAAAGCGGUAAAAGUACGCUCGCAAAUCUUAUUCUACAACAGCGUGUUCUUCCGUCUGAUGAAGGGCCAUGCACGGCUCGAAUGGUAAAGCUAAAAUUUAGUGAAGAGGCUAGCGGCGGAGCAGGUAAAGCAUACUUGCAACUGCUAAGAGCAGACGGCACUGUUAUUGGCGAACGAAAGGAACUAGAAACCAUGGAAGAUUCACAAGGAACCCAUCGUUUACUGAUCCCGCGAGAUAUAGUAAGUCUUGGUCGUGAAACAGGGUUUGGAGAAAGACACCGCGAGUUUUGGAAAGACGGAAAAGCAGCGGAAAACGUAGCUUGGGUAGAGAUUUACUGCUCUCAUCCACUGUUAAAGUAUAUUCAAGUUGUAGAUUCGCCAGGAAAGGGAGAAAAUAAGCAACUAGAUGAGCUGGUAAACGACACCGUAUCGCAUGGCCUCGUGCAGACGCUAGUGUACGUCAUUGACGGAUGCCGAGGAUUAACGACAAAGGACAAAAGUGACUUACGCUGGAUCAAAAAUCAAUUGAGAGAAGACGGCAGAGGUAAAGCAAAGAUACUAUUUGUGUGUACUCGCAUAGACGAAGCUCUUAGAGAAGACGAUGACGAACCACCACCCAUGUUACCGCCGGAAGAGCUACCAGAAGACAGUGACGACGAUCAAGACCACUUGGGUACUAAGCAAGAUACAUGUAACGACGAGUACACCCACUCUGACAUUACAAGCAGUGACAAAGAACAAUGCAACCUUCUUGAAUAUUCUACUAGAAUCCACGAACGAGUUUUUGACAGCUUAGUUACUGAAGAAUUUCUUGCUACUGAACAAGGCAUGUCGUCACACGAUCAGUGUCCCCUUUUUCACGCCGUCUCUGCCUACGCUGCAAGAGAGUUGGCACAAGAGGAAGACGAAAAUCCAUUUGUUAGAGAUAUUAUAAGGUUUGAAGAGUGUCUAGCAGAAACUAUUGUUGAAAACCUAAAUGUUCAUUUAAAAAGCGCGUUAGAGGAAUUGAUAACGGAGCAAGUGAUGCUACUAGAAACUGUUUUCCAAUUCAAAUUUAGUCAUGCUCGUACAGGCAUUGAAGCUCAACGCAAGAUUGAUUUUAUAACAACAAUAGAAAAGAGAGUAUACCAAAAACUGAAAACGAUGACAGGAGAAACUUGUUCGUCUCAACUAGAAGACUUGAUUAAAGAACUGAAAGCUACUUGUCUCAAAACCUUGCCCCAGCAAGCGGCUAGUGAAACUUUCUUAGUGGAUGAAAACGAGACGAAUUUCAAGAAACGAGAUAAAAAGGUAGCAAAACAAGUUCGCGACUUUGUUUGCGACAAAUUGAACGAAAAAUUUUGUAAACGCGUUCGAGAUCAAAUGAAGGUGUUAAAUGUGGCAGAAACUGUUGAGAGAUGCGUAAAGUCUAUGCAAGAUCAAGUACAAGGCGAUUUGCAGGUGGUCCGCGCUGUCACAAUUUUAGCUAAAGCAGCGUAUACGCCAGUGUUGAAACCCGACAUUGUAAAAGAAGGAUUGCCCUUGAAGCUGAUAUUCAAAGACUUUUUUAAAAGUUUUUUUGCAAGUAAGGAGUUAGAAUCAAAAUACACAAACGAAUGGAAGAAAACAGUUGCAGAAAGCUUUUUAAAGUCGCUUGAUCCAAAGAAGCUUGCUAGAGUGUACUGCACAGAAGUGCAAGAUACAGUAGAGAAAGCACACGCGAAAUUUUCUAUUAGCUUUGCGGAUUUAGAAGCUGCAGCACAAGAAAUUGGCAAAGAAGCACGAGGUCAACAAAGCCAAAUUCGACUAAGUGAUGGAUACGAAUUGGUCAAUGUUUUCUUGAAAUCAAAAUCAUUUCUGGGUUCUUUUCAGCAUGGUAUGCCUGGCAAAGGAGAAGUUAUUGGGGUGGGUCCAACAACCACCGUCUACAAAUGCCAAGGAGGAUCGUGGGGUGAUGUUGUUUUAAAAGCUCGCAAGCCGUGGCCUCCAGUAUCAGGAGGAGUCUGGCCUGCAUCUUUGUAUUUUGCCAGUGAAUGUUUGGAUCACAAAAAUGUACAAAAAGCCAUUGGAUUUCUCUUUCCUAGCAAAGACCCGGUUGACGAGAUCUGGGUGUUGGAAGAAUCUUGUCUUUGCAGUUUGGAAGACGUUUUCAAGGGAACUCCUAGUCUUAGUCUUCAACUCAGCGGUCUGUCGUGGCUUAACAUAGCAAGAGAUGCAGUGGAUGGAUUGCUGCAUCUUUUUUGCCAAGGAAUUCCGCACCACAAUAUCAAGCCAUCCAAUGUACUGCUCUCCCAACGUCUUGAAGCAAGACUAAGCGAUAUGGGUAUGUACGACAUCGCCAGCAUGAAGGACAGCAAAAUUACAAGAGCCGUAUAUUUCGUUGCUCCGGAGUUGAUUUCGGAAAGCGAAGGUGUGGUUGCUACGGAUGUCUAUUCUAUUGGCAUUUUGUUGUGGUACUUGUUUAAAGCUUACAGCACAGAAACAAAGCCUCCUACAGCUGUACCAGAUCCCAAAGACUACACUGUUCGCACUAACGGUUCUACAGCCUCCGCGUUUUUAGCCAAAGUGGGUAAUCCAGAAAUUCAGCUACGGCCCAAUUUAGAAAAAUGGAGCAGUCCUAACCAUAGGCUGAGAGAUGCUGCUGAUCUUAUGAAAAACUGCUGGCAUCACGACAGCUCUAAAAGACCCGAUUGCGGACGUCUGAAAGGUGAACUUCAAAUGCUGACAAAAGAGCUCAAGAAGUAAACUGUGCUAGCUACUUGAUGACUUGAAGGGAUUUUGUUUUUAGAUGUUUUUUCAAUAAUGUUGCGCUAGCCGACUUCGUGUCUCACCUUGUUUGUUGUACAUUUAGUAUGGCAAUUAUAGAGCAAAUACAACCAACUUUGAAGCUCGA